UACUCGAAAGACGGCUUGAUUACUUGCUGUUUUUGGCUCAACACUAUUCAAUGAAAACUAACUGAUUAGUUUUAUUCCAUCUGAUUAAUUUUGUUCAAUUUGAAUUCUAAAUUCAGUUCAGAAAUUAAAGUGAAAAUGUUUAACGAUAUUACGUACACCGAUACUGGCAAAUUGCUUAAAAUGGAAGUUGAUUAUGCUUCCACUUGUGAUGAGAAGAUUCCUGCUUUCAAAAAGCUAGCCCAAGAGGAGGGCAAACUUGUCCAGGCCUUAGAGCAAUUGCUUGCAUUGGAAAAACUUACUCGAACGGGUGCUGAUACUUUUUCCACAAGCAGAAUCCUUGUUGCUAUCGUUGACAUUUGUUUUGAGGCAAAAGAUUACAAGCUGCUAAAUGAAUACAUUGUCCUACUCACCAAGAGACGAGGUCAAAUCAAGAAACCCAUCACCGACAUGGUCAAAGAAUGUUGUGAGUUUGUCGAUAAAAUCGACGAUUUAGAAGAAAAAUUGAAAUUAAUCAACACCUUAAGGACUGUAACUGCUGGAAAGAUCUAUGUAGAAGUUGAAAGAGCCCGGUUAACUCAUAAAUUAGCUACAAUGAAAGAAGCCGAGGGUAAAAUCGAUGAAGCUGCCAAUAUCAUAGGAGAAUUGCAAGUUGAAACCUUUGGUUCCAUGGACAAAAGAGAAAAGGUUGAGCUUAUAUUGGAACAAAUGCGACUUUGUUUGGCUAAGAAGGACUACAUCAAAGCUCACAUUCUUUCUAAAAAAAUUCAUACCAAAUUUUUCGAUGAUGAAAACGUCCAAGAUUUAAAGUUGAAAUACUACGACCUCAUGAUAAAGAUUGAUCAGCAAGAAGGAAAUUAUUUAAACAUUUGUAAACAUUACAGAGCAAUUUCAAACACUCCUAUUGUGAAACAAGAUCCUAAAAAGAAUGCUGAAACACUGAAAAAUAUAGUUCUUUAUAUUGUUCUUUCACCCUUUGAUAAUGAACAAUCCGACCUUAUCCAUCGUAUUAAAGGAGUUAAAGAUUUAGAAGAGUUACCUAACUAUGGUGAGGUACUCAAAUUUUUCACAACAACUGAAUUGAUCAACUGGCGAUUGUUUGUGCAAGGAUUUGAAGACAUCUUAAGAUCUGGAACAGAUGCUUGCCCAGCUACUGAUGUCUACAGCUUCUCAGAACUUGGAAAGAAAAGAUGGAAAGAUCUGAAAAGUCGAGUUGUUGAACAUAAUAUCCGUAUCAUGGCUAAAUAUUACAAAAGAAUCCGGUUACAGCGUAUGGCUGAUCUAUUAGAUCUUUCUAUAGAGGAAACUGAAGAAAUUCUUAGCAACUUGGUGAGUAACAAGACAAUAUGGUCUAAAGUUGAUCGUUUAGAAGGCAUCAUUAACUUCGAGGCACACAAAGAUCCAAAUGAAGUUCUCAACGAUUGGUCACACAAUAUCAGUGCCUUGAUGAACUUGGUUUGCAAGGUGGAUCAUCUAAUCAACAAAGAAGAAAUGAUUCAUCAACAUUUAAAUGUACCCAAGAUGGAAGCAUAAACGGGGUUGCGAUUUAUAAGUGAAAAUAUGAAAUAAGUGAUGAAUACAUUUAAAUGUUUUGAUAAAUAACUGCUAACAAUAGCUGUAUUUACUCAUCUUAUUUACACAAUAUAAAUUUUCUUAUUUGGCA